AGUUACUAUUGUGCUUUUGCUCUAGGGUGCUUUCUUACGGGGAUACGUUCUCCUUACAUAUGGAUUGCCUUGACAAGGCGUUAUGGUAUAGUAGGAAGACCGAAGAUUUUCCUUUGAACCCAGAUGAGAUCUUCCAUGCGUAUGGUACAAGCCAAGGACAAGACUACACCACGCAUCAUCACAACAUCAGAAUCGACGUCCAGUUUUCCAGGAAUACAACAACUAUUCCUCGGUUCCGAAUUCUGGUGUUAGGAGAGACUGGCGUCGGUAAGUCAUCAUUGAUCAGCCGCGUAUUUGGAGUGGAAGAAAUGAUCGAUUUGCCUGGGGCCAGCAUUGAUCAUGAAUUCACCUCACCUCAAAACGACAAGUUUGUUCUCCACGGUAGCAAAGGUUUUGGACUCAAAGACAACCUCGUAAAAAUCCGAGAUUUCAUUGACCAUCGGAGGAACAUGUCCCCAGAACAUCAGUUGCAUGCUGUUUGGCUCUGCCUUGAGACACCCCGUACAGGCGAACGUUUUAUAGACAAGAGAAUGGAGGAAUUUCUGACAUUGAAACAUAGAGGAAUACUGGGAAACGUUCCCGUCAUUGUCGUUCUUACUAAAUACGAUAGGUUCAUUGAUCACAUACAGUCAACUCUAGAUAAAACCUGCCUCAAAGAAUUGAGCAAUGAAGCCAUCAAGGAACUCGCAAAGAAGAACGCAGAAGCUGAGCUGCAGAAUAUCUGCAUCAGACCUCUAGGGAAAUUUGCAGGGUUUAAUAUUCCCCACGCUGCGAUCUCCUCCAACGAAGAUUAUAAGAAGACACUCACCCUCCUGAUUCGGAUAACUGAAAACUGUGUCACUGAGCGUUCUGCGUCCAAGGCUGCGGUGAUGACUUCCAUCCGAGUCGCUCAACGAGUGGAUCCUGAACUCAAAAUAAAGGCAUCAUUCGAGAUUGCCAAGAAAAGAUAUCGGAAGACAUUUUCAUGUUGUUGCGCAGUAUUCAAGAAGCACAAGAUGUGGAAUUUUCUACAUGCGCUUCAUACUGACAUCAUCGAUGGGUGGAACUUCUAUGACCUUCAUCAUAACUUGCACAGCCAAAAGUUCAGGCAAUCGAUAUCAAAAAUGGUCGAAGUUGAACCUACCAAAGGAUAUCGACACUUUUUCGGCCACGCGCCACUGAUUCAGCACUUCAUGUCCUACAUCGUCAACUUAACGCUUGUGUCGCAGACACUUUAUUCUGUGUCAAGAGGCCAGGAAAUCUCCCACAGUACCAUCAAGCUCGCUGUCUCUUCCUACCUUGCCUCCCCAAUGAGAGCAGAGGCUCGUACCUGGAUUCAGGCCUGUGAUAGGCAAUUGACCAUCCUGGAUAACGUAGAUCGGGAUAAAAUCGUUGAGGUGGUGCAAUCUUAUAGCACCAAUGCGACACAAAGCUUUGAGCUUCAACCCGAACUUCUGGGUCAGAGUUCCAGUAUUAAUAUUCCCGAUGCUGGAAUUCCCACUACCAGUAUUUUCAGUCCCGAAAUUCACGCUACCAGAAUUCACCGAUAUACCAGAGAGUCUCCCAGAAUUACCAUAGAGGCUCCCAGAAUUCAACGACCAGAAUUCUCGCUACUGCCACUGCAUGAAUUCACACCCCCGAGGCCAGAAAUCCUGCUACUGCCACCGCAUGCAUCCAGACGCCCGAGGCCAGAAAUCCUGCCACCGCCACCGCAUGCAUUCAAACGCCCGAGGCCGGAAAUCCUGCUACCGCCACCGCACGAAUUCACACUCCCGAUGCCAGAAAUCCUGCUACCGCCACAGCAUGACUUCAGACGCCCGAGGCCAGAAAUCCUACUACCGCCACCACAUGAACCCACACGCCCGAUGUCAGAAAUCCUGCUAUCACCACGCCCGAUACUAAAAUUCCCAGAAUUCUCAAUACCAGAAUUCCCGCUACCGAGUGGAGUUUCCAGUGCCGAAAUUCCCAAUACCAGAAUUCCCGCUACCAGAAUUUCUAGAGAGCCCAGAGAUCGCAGAAGUUCUACUCCUGAGUGGGAAUACGUUAGACCAAGGAGAAGAGAUGCGCGUAACAUCAGCGAAUCCCCUGACAUGGUAGAGCGGGUGGACGUUAGACCAAGGAGAAGAGGUGCACAUAGCAUCAGCGAAUUCCCUGACAUGGUGGAGCAGGUGGACGUUAACAACGCCACUCAAGCAUAGUUGUAUUUCCAUCUCCGAUUGCGCUACUUAUAUCAUGUUCCGACAAUGCUCGCGCCACGCAUCGACAAGCCCAAACCUGCCUGCUGCCCUUUCAUUUCUUCUUCUCUCAAUUUUUCGUGACCCUAGGCUAUCUUCGGC